GAUAGAACCCAGGUGUCCUGAGUCCCAUUCCCUUGCUCUCACUCCUAAACCAUACCCCCCAGAGCUGGGGACAGAACCCAGGCGUCCUGCCCUCCUCCUGCCUUAGCUGCUAAACCUCACCAGCUCGCUCCUCACGCCCUGUGGAUUAAGGGCCGUUGGGCAGCAUGGGAUUGGAAGAGCCCGGCAUUGACACAUCUCCUGUUCCUGCUCCCCCUCCAACACCAUUGUCAGCAGAGACCCUGGGCAUGGACGACAUCACGCGUCCUGCAUGGUUGGGCAGCUCCGAGAGGCUCGGCACAUAGGGGAUGCUGGGGUCCUUAUAGACUGGCCGGAAGUGCCCAGAUGGCCUGCCUGAGCCAACCGCAUAGCCAGCACCCGGCAUCCCAUACUGUGUUGGGGAGCACCCCACUGAUAUAGCCGGCCUGGCUCCUUCAUAGGUUCCGGGGCCAUUUAUUCCAUAUGAUCCGGGCCCAGGUUGUUCCUGUGACCCAGUUCCGGCUGCUUCGUACGGUGCACAUCCGGUUCCUCCAUAGGAUCCAGUCCCGGUUCCUCCAUAGGCCCCGGGCCCAUCUAUCCCAUACGAUCCAGGCCCAGGUCCUUCAUGUGAUCCAGUCCCGGUUCCUCCGUAGGAUCCAGUCCCGGCUCCUCCAUAGGCCCCGGGCCCAUCUAUCCCAUACGAUCCAGGCCCAGGUCCUUCAUGUGAUCCAGUCCCGGUUCCUCCGUAGGAUCCAGUCCCGGCUCCUCCAUAGGCCCCGGGCCCAUCUAUCCCAUACGAUCCGGGCCCAGGUCCUUCAUGUGAUCCAGUCCCGAUUCCUCCGUAGGAUCCAGUCCCGGCUCCUCCAUAGGCCCCGGGCCCAUCUAUCCCAUACGAUCCGGGCCCAGGUCCUUCAUGUGAUCCAGUCCCGGUUCCUCCGUAGGAUCCAGUCCCGGCUCCUCCAUAGGCCCCGGGCCCAUCUAUCCCAUACGAUCCGGGCCCAGGUCCUCCAUACGAUCCAGAAUCAGUUCCUCCAUAUACCCCAGGCUCGUUACCAACCCCCUGCCCCUGUGGGCGGACCUGGGGCUGCAGGAUCCCCGCUGGCUGCAUGUAGGGGUCCACGCCAGCUGGCAACGGUUCCAGCACUGGCUCCUCCAGCCGUGGGAUGCACUUGGACGCCGAGCCUAUGAGAGAGGCGGAGAGGUUAUUCACUGGCACAACCCUUGAUUAACACAGCACUCAGUCUGCCUGGGUGCCCUUCCACAAAGGCAAGUUCAGCCACACUAACGUU